CCUUCUCCGCCCUCGCACGGCCGGGGGCCACCAUGAAGGGGACUCCCGGCUCCCUGGAAACCCUGCUGUGGGUCUACCACUUCCACAGCUCCACGGAGGUGGCCCUCCAGCCCCCGCUUCUGUCUUCCCUGGAGCUCGUUGUGGCCGCAGCCCAUGAAUAUCUGGGGCAGAGGUUCAGAGAGCUGAAGUCCCUGGAGCCGCGAGAGCCGGAGAAGCCGCCCGCCCCGAAGCCCACCCUGGGGCUGGUGCUACGAGAAGCCGCGGCCAGCGUAGUGAACCUCGGGGCCACCUUGUUAGAGAUCUCAGCCCUCUGGGUGCAGCAGGAGGUGCAGCGACUAGACGGCGGCCCAGGCCCGGCCCCGGACGCCGGAGACCCGGGUGGAGCCCUGGCCCGGGUAGCCCAGGCCGCGGGGCAGGGGGCUCGGCAAGCGGCGGCUGCAGCAGGAGCGAGCGCCCGGCUUCUGCUCCAGGGGGCGUGGCUAUGCCUGUGUGGACGAGGUCUGCAGAGAUCCGCCUCGUUCCUGCAACAGUGGCAAUGCCAGCGGGGCCUCGGAAUCCCCGGGGAACCGGUGAGUGCAAGAUGAGGGGAGUUGGGGGCCAGAGGUGGCGGGGCUGA